CGCGUAUGACAAGCCAACACAGCCAAAGGACCCUACUUCCUAAAAGUUGGGUUCCCGCCUACAGACUCCUCCGCGAAUUACUGAUUCAAGAAGUCCACGAUUCUAACCUCUCCGGUCAUUUCGGGGUUGACAAAACCCAGAAAUUACUUCACCGUUUUUAUUAUUGGCCUGACUCGACGUCUGAUGUGCAGAGAUACGUAUCUGCGUGCCCGAUCUGCCAACACAUGAAGUCCUCUCGACAGCGGCCAGCUGGACUGCUGCAACCGCUCGAGCCACCCCAGCGACCGUGGCAACACGUGACGAUGGACUUCGUCACGAGACUUCCGACAACCGCAACGGGCAACGACGCCAUCCUCGUCGUCGUCGAUCGACUGACGAAGAUGGCGCAUUUUGCACCCUGUCGCACAACAAUCACAGCCGAGGAUACAGCAAAACUAUUAAUCUCCACCAUUGUUCGUUUACACGGCGUCCCAUUAGCGAUCAUCAGCGACCGCGACCCAAAAUUCACGUCCAAGUUCUGGCAAGAGACAUGGGCCCAGUACGGCACACGCCUCCAAUUUUCCUCCGCCUAUCAUCCUCAAAACGACGGCGAGACUGAACGAACCAAUAAGACCAUGGAGCAGCUAAUACGCACCAACUGCCCCGAUCCUGCCCGGUGGGAAGAAUUUCUGCCCAUGCUGGAAUUUUCCUACAACAAGGCCCCAUCUGCUACGACUACUCACUCGCCGUUUUUCCUAAACUACGGGAUGGAUCCGACCGUCCCAACGACUACCAACAUCGACAACUUAACAUUCUUCCUGACGAUCUUCCAAACGAACUACCGCCAUACGAACGCAUCAACACGAGAUCGUGGAGGAACCGGGUUCGAAGCCGACCUUCCGAGCACCAUAUCGGCUCAGGCCUACGGAGCUGACCGACAUGAAAAAACAGAUCGAGUAUCUCCUAGCCAAAGGAAUUAUCCGACCAUCCACUUCGGCCGUACGGUGCCCCAGUACUCUUCACACCGAAACCGGACGGAAGCCUGCGCAUGUGCAUCGACUUACCGAGCUCUUAACAAGCAGACCAUCAAGAUAAAUAUCCGAUUCCGUGAAUCGAUGACCUGCUUGACCAGCUUCGGGGAGCUACGGUAUUUUCUAACUGGAUCUGUCACUCCUGUUACCUUCCGCUUACGCCUGCCAGCUACCUGGAAGAUUCACAACGCCUUCCAUGUCCAACUUCUGAAGCCCUAUCGGGAUCCGAACACGAUCUUCGUCGGACGCCAACCGCCGCCGCCGCCGCCCGUCCUCGUCCAGAAUGAACCCGAGUACGAGGUCGAGUCCGUGCUUGCACACCGCCGUCGUCGGAAUGGCACCGUGGAGCUUCUCAAUCGUUGGAAGGGUUAUGAUCCUUCUGAGGACAGCUGGGUACCUGAGUCCGACAUGGGUAACGCCCGUCGUCCUCUGCAUGACUACCUUGUCAAGCAGGGUGUUACUUCUACCACCCAGCUUUGAGGGGGGGAAGUGUGAGAGUACGACCCCG